UAUCUCUUCAUCUUUCUCUAAUCUUCACUAUUGCUCUCUCAAUUUAUAUCUCUGAUACAAACGGCGUUUGAGUGAUUUUUGGCUGAAUACACAAUGGGAACAAAGGGGGAUUCUCCAAUCAUGAAUGUGUUGAUUGGAUGGUUGAGGAAGCGGUCUAAGAGAGUGAAGAUCAUUUUGGGGGCAUUGCUUUUUAUUUUUGCGCUGUUGGCUCUGAAGUUCACUGUUGAAGAUACAGUCCAUCUCUACUUAGUCUCUCGAAUAAUUCAUUUAGCAGGGAUUAUUGUUCUCAUACACAAGCUCUUUUACCGCAAGACCUGCUCUGGUUUAUCACUUAAGACCCAAGAGAUCACAGCUUUAUACCUAGCUUCAAGAAUAGGUUUGAGCUAUUUGAUGGUGGGAAACAUCCACACUGUGCUAGAUUUCAUAACUCUUGUGUCCACAUUACUUGUUAUAUGGGCGAUAAGAUUCAGGUUUAAGUCAUCCUAUGUCAAAGAGCUUGAUAGCCUGAAACGAUCAUUAGUGGUGGUUCCUUGUGCAAUCCUUGCAGUCCUAAUCCACCCAUAUACACCUCAUCCUCGCUUAUCUCGAAUCUCAUGGGCAUUUAGUGGGUAUUUGGAAGCUGUUUCAGUUCUUCCUCAACUUCACUUUCUGCAAAAUGCAAAGAUAGUUGAAACACUCACUGGAUAUUAUGUAUUUGCUCUUGGGGUUUCAAGAUUCUUGCAAAUGGCUCAUUGGAUUAUUCAGAGCUAUGAAAAUCCAGGGUUAUACUUUUUUAUGAUUGAGAAUGGAAAUUUCUGGUUCGCGGCAGCAUUUAUCGCGGAAAUGGUUCAAUCAUUUAUCUUGGCAGACUUUUGUUACUAUUAUAUGAAAAGCUUCAUACAGGGACAACUUUUAAGGAAAAUGCCUAUUUAAGGAUAUCGAUUUGCUGGGGCACAAUGUGCUAAUUAGUAAUUAUGCACAUAAAAAAAGUUAGAGGCUAGUUAUCCUUCUAUUUGCUAGUUAUCUUCAUAUAUGUAAGAUUUUAUUCUUUUUCCGUUUGAACUCUUUUUA